AUGCCAAAAGCUGAGGACAUCUUAGACAUGUGUAAGACUGAACUGAAGAACGAAGGGAUCCUGAACGAUGACUUUAACAUAGAGUAAGUUCAGAUUGGUGGUAAAAGAUGGUUUCAGGAUCCUAUCACAAACGGGUUGUGGGGAAUCUUAUGAAGGCGUGGCAGUCGCUGCUGACAUGUAUCAUCAACAAAAUGUCAAGGUUUUUGUAGGGCCAUAUUGUGCAGCUGGUACGUUUUACAUUGUUUUUGUAUGUCUACAAACAAAAAAGUAAUAACUUUUAAUGCUAAGGAUGUAUAUCUCAUAUAACACUGCAUGCUUUCAUUAAUAUGCAAUCAAAAUUUUCAAAUUACAGAAAUGGACGCAGUAAGCAAGAUGGCAGCCUUCUGGGACAUACCCAUAAUUGGCUACAUGGCUUCAAACACAGCCUUCUCUGACAAAACCAUCUACAAAACCAUGGCCAGAGUGUCUUUACGAACCAUUAACUCUCUAGCAUUGGCUACAUUUACGACGUUAAAGCACUAUGAUUGGAAGAAAGUGGCAAUCGUGACAAACAGUGGGACAGCAGCGUUAGAAAGAGUAGUCGCUUUUCAGAAUGUAUUCCACAAUAACAACAUACAAGUGUUACGAAAGUUUAUGCUGGAAGAAAGUGCAACGGCCAAACAGAUUGUGGCUUCUGGGAUCAUGGAGGAAAUUAAACACACAACUAGAGGUACGACAUGAAAACAAAAAGAAACUUUAGAAUAAAAUAAUACAUUUGUAAUGUAGAACAAUAUAUCGUCUUAAUAUUGAGUGUCAUUACAGUGCUAAUUUGCGUAUUCUCAUCGACAAGAGACAUGACCAAAGAGUUCAUGCAAGCAGUCAGAGAUACCAAUAUGAAGACUACAGAAUACGUUGUGAUCAUGCCAUGGCUACAAGCUGAAUCCAAAGACUUGUCACCGUGGAUAACACUAGAAGGACAAACGUUACAGAAUGUAAAAGACAUGUUUGACAACACUAUAAUUGUAAGUUUUCAAAAAAUCAAGAAAGAAUUGAUAGUACUUGUGACAUAUCAUGCUUAGAUACUAUAAUAUACGAAAGUGACAUUACAAAGGCAUAUUUCAGAUUGAUGAUGUCAACGGCUUUGAUAACGGUCUAAUGACUCCGUUCAAGGAAAGAGUCGAAGCCAAUGGAAUCAAUAUUGAAGAACUCAAUUUGGUAAGCAAUACUGUAUCCUAAUAAUGUAAAAACAAUAGUUAAAGCUUAUAUAAAAAUCUUAACUUUCAGCUCAACAUCUACGGCUACAUUCACCUGUACGAUGCUUUGAAGUUGUAUGCUUUAAGUGCAACGAAAGCAAUAAAAGAGACCAACGAUGUGAAGGUAAUCACUAAUGGAACAUACAUCUGGAAUACCAUGAGGAAAAUGACAUUUCCGGGUCUAGUCAACGCUGAAGGCAUAUCCUCAGGCACAGUAAUCAUGGAUGACCUUGCUGAACGUGCUGCUGUUUAUGCUGGUAAGUCUACCAACAUCCAUAAGUAAGAUUAUAUACCGGUUGUAAAAAAUAAUAACCCUACAUUAACCUAUCUUCAGCCUUUUUCGUAAGUGCAAAGCAAGAAAUACCGCUGAGGAUGAUAGACAUGAACCCAAAGUUCAUCCCACAAUGUGAUGGACUCAAAACCAAAACUGGCUGUAUGGAACUGGUAAGAUUCAUAAAUUGAAUACUCAUGGCAAACUUUUGUUAAAUAGUUAUCUCUUUCACUGUUUUAUAACUACACUAUCAUUAUAGCAAGUAAAAGACGUUUCAACCGGUUUUUGGCCGUCGAUUAACGGUCGAGUACCAGCUGAUGAACCAGAAUGUGGAUUCAGAAACGAAAAAUGCGAUUACACGUUGAUAAUUAUCAUUGGAGCAUUAGCGUUGUUGGUUAUUGUGGUUACCUUUACCAUGGUCAUGGCCUGCAGAGUUAUGUGAGCAUACUUUUGUAAUAAAAAAUCAUUUUAUCUAUACAUUACGUUAGAUGACCCUUAUUCAUUUAGGGAAAACAAUUCGUUGUCAAAGAAUUCAUGGCGUAUCUUCCGUGAUGAAAUGAGGAUUGUAUCUACAGAAGAGAUGAAGUCCAUGGUAAAUUCAUUUCUUAUGUUGCUAUCACCCUAAACUGUCAUGUGCCAAAAGUUUCAUUGUUUUUCGUAAAAAUUGCUGUCAUUUAAAUCGCGAAAAUCAUAAAACUUUCAGCUGUCGAUCGGAAGUUCCAAGACAAAGCUCAGUAACAUGAGUAAGUUCGCAAAGCAUCAUGCCAUAAUUGGUACCAACACCCAUGCUUCCUUCCACGUAUAUCCACAAAGAAGGCCAAUACAGUUCAACAGAGAAGACCUACAGCUUCUGACGAACCUUAAAUUGGCGGUCCACGACAAUCUGAACCCAUUUCUAGGAAUGUCAUUCAAUGAAAAGGAAGAAAUGAUCGUACUGUGGAAGUUCUGCUCCCGUGGCACAGUCCAGGACGUCAUCUACAACGAGGAAGUCUCAUUGGACGAGAAAUUCCACGCUGCUUUUGUUAGAGAUAUCACUUUGGUAGGUUAUCACUCCGUAUGUGAUAAUACCAAUAUAUGGUCACAAGACGUUUUUACAACAGAACACUGUAGACCAAAAUACUUCCUUGAAACGCCUUUAAAUACAUGCCAUAACAUAAACAACUCCUAUUUAUAGGGUCUCGAAUACCUCCACUUGUCUGUCAUCGGUUACCAUGGCUCUUUGACGCCAUGGUCCUGCUUAAUCGACCGUAAUUGGAUGGUGAAAUUGACAGAUUACGGUGUGGCCAAUCCCAUCGAAAGAUGGGAAAAACAAGGAGCUAUAACUAAAGAGCAGCUUAAAGAGGACGAAGAGAAGAGCGGUGCAAUUCAAGCAACAAGUACGUAAAACAAUCCAUACACAUACUACUAAUGUGUCCAAAAUACCUUAUAAAAACCAAAAUAUACCUUUAGACGACCUUUACCGAGCCCCGGAGAUGCUUCAAAUGGCCGAAUUUAACAAACGUCGAGGAAUGGAGCAAACUUGGAAGAAACAAACCGCCAACCGGCUUCAAGCUGGUGAUGUAUAUGCCUUCGGAAUGGUCAUGUACGAGAUACUAUUCCGUGCUUUACCGUUCCCCGAGAACACUAAUAUCAACGAGCUGUGCGAGUACGUCAGAGACGGCUCCAAAAGUUUUAAGCCGAGUAUCCAAGACAAGAGCAAAGUGCAUCCAGAUAUAGCGUCAUUACUUCAAGAUUGUUGGAGCAACAAUCCUGAGAUCCGACCAAGUGUCAGAAGGGUCAGACUAAACACAGAGAAUUAUCUGAAAGUAAAAGGAAGUUUGGUAGACCAGAUGAUGAGGAUGAUGGAACAGUACGCCAACAAUCUGGAGAAACUAGUGCAAGAGAGGACGGGAAUGUUAGAAGAGGCUAAUCAAAGGGCUGAUAAGCUAUUAAGUCAACUUUUACCCAGGUAAGAAAACGUAGUACGAAUACCUCAAUACACUUACAAUAAAAUUGAAAAAUACGACAAAUCUAAAGGAGGAAGGACAGCUUUACAACUUCCUAACAUAAAACUAGUUAACGCUCCAUAUUUUAGCUAUGUCUCAAACGAAUUAAAGCUCGGCCGUGCCGUUCUUCCCAAAACGUUCCGCCAGGCCAGUGUCUUCUUCAGUGAUAUCGUAGGCUUCACUACCCUAUGUUCCAACUCCACGCCCUUAGAAGUGGUUACUAUGCUGAACACUGUCUACACUGGAUUCGACGAUAUCAUAGCCAAACACAAAGCCUACAAAGUGGAGACGAUCGGUGAUGCAUAUAUGGUUGUAAGCGGCAUCCCACAAGAGAAUGGCACACGACAUUUGAUGAACUUGAGCGAUGUUUCCCUAGAAAUCAUGGUAUUCUUAAAGACUUACGUCAUUCCACAUAGAAAAGACAAAACAAUGGUCAUCAGAAUCGGGCUUCACACUGGACAAGUCGCAGCCGGAGUAGUUGGACUAACAGCACCAAGAUAUUGUUUGUUCGGAGAUACUGUAAGGGUUUUGAUGAAAUAUACCUUGACAAAAAAUAGUAAAAAAACAUAUUUCCGAAAAGUAACAUAACAUAAUAUACAAACAGUGCAGAAAGCCUGCAUUUUAAUAAUAAAAAAAGAAUUUUAGGUAAACACCGCGUCUCGAAUGGAAUCUACUGGCUCUCCUGGAAAGAUUCAGAUCAGCGAAGCCUUUAAAAUAGGCCUUGAUCAAUAUUACCCAGAGUUUGAAACUUCCUUGAGGGGCGAAUUUCAAAUAAAGGUAAAUUUAUUCAAAAACGGCAUUUCAGUCACAUCUUUUAAAAAGUAAUUAAUUUAAAAUACUACCAGUAACUGUCACUACUUCUAAUGACAACAUUACUGUUCAGGGCAAAGGAAAGAUGAAUACUUACUGGUUGGAUGGAAAACGACGACAAGACAUGGGAUCGCAGAUGCUUGACGCACAUCGUCAGAUGAACGAGCUCGGAAUCUAA